ACGUUAUUGUGGCAUUCUCACAUCAUAUGACACUAGCAUGUCCAUAAGACCUUUGUUGGGAUGCAGUGUCCCUUCUGAAAAUGUUUCAGCACCAAUGUAAUUUUUGCUGGGCGCUGUGAGGCCAACACGGCAACUCAAGGGAGUCCCGAUCCAGUAAAAACAUCGACUCCGCUCCAGAUUUUACUACCGUCUUUUUUUAAAAACCACCUCUACUUUGGAGCAGUGAAAAACACACUAGCAUUAGGGCAGCAGAUGACCCGGCGCAGCAGCCAGGAGCACAACAGUCCUCUCUAACAAAUGAAAGGAUGGGGGGCUUCAGCAGCAGCUGAACUCAGAGAAGCUGGAUCAGGGGCCGAGGGGAGAGAACUGCUCUGUGCUCACUCUUGGGUCACUUUUGUUGGAUUUAUUCCCCGGUCCGCAGCAACAUGCCAUUUGCCAAACGAGUCGUGGAACCUCAGUUGCUGUGCAGGUAUCAAAUCCCAAACGAGGAGGGUCUGCUUUUCGAGGACCUGGUCUGUAUCAGUAAUGUGGCUCUAUCUCGGACCUUGCGGCAGCUGUCGGACCUGGCCAGACAUGCCUGCUCCAUAUUCCAGGAGCUGGAAAACGACCUUACAUCCACCAACCAGCGGGUCAGGCGGCUGCACAGCAAGAUUAACCAACUUCAGCAAACCUGCUCCGAGCUGGACCCCAAACAGGAGGCAGUGCCGGUGUCUAACCUGGAUGUGGAGAGUAAGCUGACGGCACAUUACCAAGCUCCCUGGCACCAGCAGAGGAACAUUUUCCACCCCACCACGCGGCCAGAAUGUGUAGAAGAGCUCCACAGGCAAGCCAACCUCUGCCUGUGGGCCAUGCACCGAGAUCACCAGAGGAGACUGUUGGGCAGCAGGGAGCGGAGAGUAACCAUUUCCAUGUCGGCGGUGCCCCCGAUGCCCAUGUGCCCCUCCCCACAAAUCAUCCAGAGGCAAGAACACAGGGGCAUAAAUUUGACAACGUUUGAAUCCACCCGUUCCUCCUCCCCUACCGAAUGUUGCCGCUUCUCUCCCUGGAGCAGAAAGGCUGCGCCCUCUGACCCCGACACUGACGGGGUGGCUCUAGGUCACCGGUCUAAGUUUCCCAUCCUUAACAUCCCCUCCACCCUGGACAAGCAGACUAACUGGUCUAAAGCCCUGCCGCUGCCCACCCCAGAGGAAAGAAUGAAAACCAAUUCCCAAGUCAUCAACUCAUGUGUCAUCCCCAUUAAUGUGACUGGGGUUGGCUUUGACAGAGAUGCUAGUGUGCGCUGCUCGCUCGUCCACUCGCAGUCUGUGCUUCAGAGGAGGAGGAAGCUGAGGAGACGGAGGACUGUCGCCGGCGUUCCCAGACAGGUGCAGCAAGACUUAGAUUCUGAUGACUCUCCUGGUUCCAGAGAGCGGACAGUGAUAGUUCAUGCCAGCCUCGAUAUCACUCCCUCCAAUGAGGAGCUGGCCAGCCAUCUCAGCACAAGAGACUCAGGUUGCCAGACAGAAGACUUUUUGAUUUCAGGAGCGCCGUCUCGGAGGAGGAUCAGGGCCCAGAGAGGCCAGGGACUCUCCCUCUCCCUUUCCCACUCUGCAGGCAACAUCUCCUCCCUGCCGGACAGCGCUGUGGCCAUGUUUACCGCCUCUGUGGACGCACACCUGCGCUCCCGGAGUCUCCCCCGAGAUGGAAGCCGGAUGAUAGACAACGGACAUAAUGACAGCGACGAUGAGGAGGAGCUUUCGCCCUUCGACACUGAGGACUUCUUGUCUGUACCUGGGGAGUUGAUUCUGAAGGAUGAAGGAGAGAGCACGGAUGACCAGGCCAUGUCUGAGCACCAGCUGGGCCUGAAGUACAAGCAGCUCUCAGAGAGUCCGGAGCGCAGCUGGAUGGAGAAGACCAGAUCCCAGCUGCCCAGGAAGGUCGACAUGGGCAGCUGCGAGAUCUCAUCCAGUUCAGACACCUUCAGUAGCCCCCUCCAUUCCGUUUCAGCAGCAGGGGUGCUGGGAGGCCAGAUGGACCAUAAGGACGACCACCAGUCCUCAAGUGGGAACUGGAGCGGAAGCAGCUCCACAUGCCCCUCACAGACCUCAGAAACAAUCCCCCCAGCAGCCUCUCCGCAGCUGACGGGCUCCUCACACUGUGACUCUGAGCUGUCCUUAAACGCUGCCACUCACACCAACGAUGACCAGACCAGCUUCCUACUGGACCACUACCCAGGCCUCAGGACCCAGCGGGCAGGCUCCUUCUCGUCCACAGCUAUGGACAUAUUAGAGGAAGCAGGGGACAGCACUCCCAUUGAGGGGGAGUGGAGUUACCCAGACCCUCCACACUCACAGGACUUCAGCCCUGAGCUGGGGAGAGAGGCUGAGAGCAGCCUGGGCUGCCCAAGCUUCACCAGCAUGGCCACCUGUGAGAGCAGCUACUCUGACAAACCACCGUCGGAGAAAGCUGACACCGUCUCUCACUACUCAGUAGACACUGAAGGCUAUUACACCUCCAUGCACUUUGACUGCGGCCUAAAAGGUAGCAAAAGCUUCACUUAUAACUAUGCAGCCCCUGGCUCUGACUGCGGCCUGUCGGACUUAAGUGGUCACGUGACUUUGGGAAGACGCUGCCUCUCUUUAAGAAAACCAAAGGUGAAGCCGUCUCCGCCUAAGAGGAGUUCAUCCUUAAGAAAAAUAUGCAGUGAGGGAAACAUCCCUGACAAGAAAGAACCAAAGAUUACUUGCGGGCAGCAACUUCCACCGUCUUCCAAGGAGAGGAAACUGCAGCUGGUUUUGCCUGGCUCUCCAGGUCAUAUAGAAAACUCUUCACUGGUCAGAGAGCCCCUUGUGGUCUGCGGGGUUCAGGGCUCAGCUGAUCUACCUGAGUUUGGCGUGUUUAGCUCCACAGAUGCACAUUCCUUUAAGGAUGAGGGGGUUGUACAGUCAGACUAUGCAGAUCUGUGGCUCCUGAAUGAUUUAAAAUCCAGCGAUCCUUACCGAUCUUUGUCAAACUCAAGCACAGCAACAGGUACAACUGUUAUCGAAUGCAUCAAGUCACAAGAAAGCUCUGAGUCCCAGACGUCCCAGUCUGGCUCCAGAGCCACCACCCCCUCACUUCCAUCAGUUGAGGGAGACUUCAAGCUAACGUCUCCAGAGAAGCUGGCAGGCCUGGCCAGCCCAUCCAGCGGCUACUCCAGUCAGUCAGAAACCCCCACCUCCUCAUUCCCCUCAGCCUUCUUUCCUGGACCACUGUCGCCAUCCAGUGGCAAGAGGAAGCCCAAAGUCCCGGAGAGGAAGUCGUCUCUUUCGACGCUGUCACUGCAGUCGCUCUCCUGCAGGGAUGGAGCCACCUCGAAGAGAGACCUGGAGCUGCCAAUAAUCCCUCCCUCACACCUCGACUUAAGUGCCCUUCCCAGUGUCGGCAACAAGGCUUCAGCUUACAGGAACCAGAUUCAAGCCCUUCACCAAAACAAACAAAAAGCUGCAUUGUCAGCCAAACCUGUAGCGCCCUCUAACUCAGAGGUGUUUAAUGCCCAUUCCAUGUCCAUCACACCCACGGUGCUGCACUCAGUACAGCUCCGAUCCAUCAGUAAGGAAUGUGAAGGAAGUCAUGAGUACAAAACAACUUCCAGACUCAAAUGUCCGGCUGUGAACCUAACUAGCACUCUUUCCUGUAGUAAACCCUUAGAGCUUAAGAGUCCCCUGUUACAUAACUCUCAUCAACAUCGCACACCCUCGAAGGGGUCGUGUGAAUCUGUGUUUACCUCAAAUGAAGAGCUUGCGGAAGGAGAAGCAGCAUGUCAGAGUGAGACGAGGACCAAGCAGGACAGAGAGGCUCCUUUGGAGGGUACGACGGCGUUCCGGCUGCAGUCAGAGCCAUCAUUAGAAAUCCCAGAGAGGAGUACUAGUCAUGAAGGAGAGACGUGCAGAGGGUCGGUGGAAACGCAUGUCUGCUUUGGAGACUGCAGCUCGCAGUCGGGGCCUUUACAACAGCAAAGAACUGAGUCGUCUGAAGAAGAACUGUGUCAGAUAAAACCAGGUCCUCCUCUUUCUGUUCAGCACAGUUCACCCGAGAGAUCCAACGGUAAUGAUAAAGAGCCUGCUACUAACUGCCAAUCAGAGACGUUGCAAGGGAGUUUCAUCAGUGAUGAAGGUAGCACAGAAGUGGAAUGUGAGUCGUCAGGUGUUUCAGCCGAAUGUGCCUCUCAGGACGGCAAGGAGGAGACAGAGGAUUACUUCAGUAAAGACUCUACACCCAGUGAUAGUGCACUGUCCCCUCUGAGUGACGAGUCCAGGUCAGAGGAAGACAGCGUGUUUCUGUCACCCACCAAAGCUCGGACCACUGAAGAUCUGUUUGCUAUGAUACACAGGUCCAAAAGGAAAGUGUUGGGCAGGAAGGAUUCCACUGAGUUGGGUGUGAGGAACCGCCUCAGUGCUUCGUCGGGGAACACACCACCCAGCAGCACUGUGAGCUCCCCCGUCUCGCUGGUGUCACCCUCCUCUGCUGUGACCCCACCAGGCCUGCACAGAGCCCCCGGGCCCAUCUACAGGAACGCAAAGAAGUCCAGCACCUCCAACGAGGAGUUCAAACUGCUGCUGCUUAAAAAGGGCAGCCGCUCGGAAUCAAAUUACCGCAUGUCUGCUACAGAGAUCCUCAAGAGCCCCAUCGCUCCUAAAUUUCCCGGAGAUUUCCUAAAGGAGUCACCCAGACAGCCCGAAGAGCCCGCCUCCCCCCUGCAGCAACAGCAAUAUCCGUCAGGACCGGAUCAGCUCUCCAGCCCUUACCCCAAAGCCAACGCAGAGGGCUUCUCCCCGAAAUCCUUCCCCACAUCUGCUGCUUCCAGACAGGGCCGCUCCAGAAUUCCCCCGCCCGCUAACAGCAGCCGUUACAGCAUGCGCAGCAGACUGUACUCAACGCCCAUGCAGGCGAUCUCUGAGGGCGAGACGGAGAACUCAGACGGAAGUCCUCAUGACGACCGCUCAUCACAGGGCUCUACGUAGUAAAACAGAGUAGAAAGUGUCAAAAGUUAUGAAAUUAUUCUGUUAGUUCACAGUAAAACUAAUGGACCAGAGGGAGUUAUAAUAUAUAUGAGGUGUGGUGAGGGCAGGAGCAUUGAUGAAGAUAAUGUGGUUUACAGAACAUUAGGGUUAAUGGCUUAGCUUGUUUUUCUGUGGCUACUUUAAACAUUUUUACCUGUGUUCAGAAAUGUUUUAUACAUGCUGUAUGCUGUAUGUAAGAAAUAUCCUCAUGAUAUGAACACUUUUAUGAACACAUUAGAAACAGGGAACCAGAUUAUUAAGCAUCUGCAUUCUGUAGAAACAUAUGCUUGAUGAACAGUCUUACAUGGUUCUAUUAUUUGCUUAGUUUGUGUCACGCACACCAAUCUGGUUGCCUUCCUUCAGCCCUUCUACAGUAUGUUAAUGUUAAAUCUUAGCUGUUCUGCUGUUAGAUUUCUCUCCAGAAUAAAAAAAAUAUAUCACAGUUUGAUAUUUUUAUCAGUAUCCUGUUAAAAUAGAAAAUAUUUAUUGGAUUAACUUUAUGUAUUCUGUGAAUACCUAUGCAAUUAGACACAAUUUUUACAUUUCUUCAAGCCAUCAGGACUAACACUGUGUGAGAAACAGCAGAGGACAAAAAUGUGAAGCCUCAAUGCGUCAAUUCAUAUUGAUGAUGAUCCUUUUCAAAGUAUAUUGUAAAUGAUAUCAAAGAUACCCUGUUAUCACAACAUUUUAAAAUUCUCAUGCAAUACGAUGAGUAAUUAGAGGGUGAGACAGGAAAUGUCAAAGUUGACAAUCUUAGGAGACAAGAAGGGAGGAGGUGUUAACAUGGGAGAUGAAAAAGUGAUCAAAGGGUCGGAGGUUGUGAAAUAGGAGAGCUGUAAAAGAAUAAGGAGGAGGGUUUUUAAAAAAAGUAAUAAUGGUCAUUUCUGGUUUGCUGACUUGGUGUGUUUAUGAAUUGUUGAAAGAAGCAAGUGGAAAGUGUUCUGGAGGAUCAAAUAUACCUUAUUUUACUCUGCUCAGCGAGAGACAACAAGUGGCGAAGCAGUUUGGGCCUCAGCAGGUUGAGUGUUUUUGUGAGGUUUUUCAGUUUUGAUGGAGGAUGUAAGGUUACAUUUGGAGCCAGGUUAUUGUCUGUGAUGAAAUGAGAACAUUCUGGAUUUCUUUAUGUGGCAUUUGCUGCUAUUUUGUACCAAAUGCUUGUCUAUUUUAUUCCCCAUCAGAAUCCGACCUGCUAUGGCUUCAUAUUUUCUGUGUCGCAACAAUCUAAAUAUAUUUAUUUUUUUAACUGACGCAGAAAAUCUCUGUACGCUGCCUGAUUUGGUUUACACCUUUAAAAAAAAAAACUAAAACUGAAAUCUUUGGAUGGAAGCAUGCAAUGAAUUGCUGGUAUUAUUAAUAACAUAGUUUAUUCAGAUACUUAUUUUGUUGAUAAGAGACCCAUUUUAAAUCUUAUUUCAGACACUGGUUGCAGAGACAAAUAUGGAAAGCAACUCAUUAAUGUCAUUAAAAGAUGGCACGUACAGUCAUAAGCUACAAGUGAGGUUUUAGUUGUAACCCUGCCACCCUGAGUCUUUUAGUUUUUUGUCCCACAUAUUCACAACAAUAUUAUAUAUGGUGUUUAUCACAGUGAUGGUACUGUCACUACCAUUAUGCAAAAAUGAGUCUAUGUAGCCAUUUUUCCCUGUGGAAGACUUAUUGGUACACUGUAAAUAUCAACUUCAUUUUGGCCUUAAUAAUAAUCCAUACUAAUGCAAUGUCAUGUUAUGUAACAGGGUAAACAAUGGGUUAUGUCUGUGAACCUUCAUUCCAGUCUCUCUCUCUCUCUCUCUCUCUCUCUCUCUCUCUCUCUAUAUAUAUAUAUAUAUAUAUAUAUAUAUAUAUAUAUAUAUAUAUAUAUAUAUAUAUAUAUAUAUAUAUAUAUAUAUAUAUUCCAUACUCCUAUACUAGUUCUUUUUGCACUGAUAAAGUGAUAUUUGUGAAGUUUAAUUUGUCUCUUGCUGUAUCUGGAGAGACCUUUACAAUGAGAUAAUUGAUUUUCCUUAAAUAAUAUCCACACUCUGAGUACACUAUAGGAGUGGACUAGAUGCUUCUGCCAAAGGCUAGAACGUGCAUGAUAGUGUCAUCCAACUGUUUUUCCUCUUCUCGUCAACGUGUCUGAAACAUUCUUGAAAACAUAAAACCAACACUAAAGAAGAAUUACAGCGUAACUUAUGGUACUAGAUGCAUUUCAUUUGGACUUCAGAUCAACCUCUACAUACUGUAGCUAUCAGCUUUGUAAUUUUUUGUAUAAACUUGUGAAUACAAUAACUUUUGGAACUGUCACAAAGGUUGUUGAACUGUUUCUUAUGUAAAAAAAAAAGUUUACAUUCAUUUGAAACCUUUGUAUAUUUUUGAGCUGUGGAACACUUUGUCUUGUAUUUAUUUUUUAGUAAGCAUUGUGGAAGUCCCAUAGUAAAUCCUAUCAAAGCCAAGUGCUAGCACAACAGGCUGCUUAGCAAAUGUGUAUAAAAAAGACAAAUAAAUGUGACUGCUUUGAAAAUUA